GGUGCCGGUGCCCCGGCCUCCGCACGCCCGUCCCGUUCGGCGUUAGCAUGGGCACGGUGCUCUCCCUCUCCCCCGCCGCCUCCUCGGGCAAGGGCGGCGGUGGGGGAUUGCUGGCCGACAAGGUGCCGGGAAGGGUGCCGGGCAAGGGCGAGAGCCGGCUGAAGCGCCCCGGCGUGCUCAUCUCUGCACUCACCUGGAAGCGUCUGGUGGCCGCCUCGGCCAAGAAGAAGAAGAAUACCAAGAAGGUGACGCCGAAACCCGGCAGCGGGGCCCCGGGAGGGGGCCCGGGCCAGCCCGACGCGCUGGUGGUGCAGCGCAACCGCGAGAACUUGCGCAAAUCGGUGGUGGGGCCGGCCGACGGUGGCAAGCAGGGCCCGCUGGCCGUGCCGGUACCCACCGUGCCCUCGGCACCGCAGGAGCUGCACCCCGGCUCUGGCGGGGGCAAGCCUCCACCGCCGCCACCGCCGCCGGCCGGCAGCCGCGGCCCGGGGUCCCCGCGGCGGGUGGUGGUUCAGGCGUCCACCGGCGAGCUACUGCGCUGCUUGGGGGACUUCGUGUGCCGCCGCUGCUACCGGCUGAAGGAGCUGAGCCCCGGCGAGCUCAUCUCCUGGUUCCGCAGCGUGGACCGCUCUCUGCUGCUGCAGGGCUGGCAGGACCAGGGCUUCAUCACCCCGGCCAACCUGGUGUUCGUCUACCUGCUGUGCCGGGAAGCGCUGCGGGGAGAAGACAUCGGAAGCCAGGCCGAGCUGCAGGCCGCCUUCCUCACCUGUCUCUAUCUCGCCUACUCCUACAUGGGGAACGAGAUCUCCUACCCGCUCAAGCCCUUCCUGGUGGAGGGCGACAAGGGCCGCUUCUGGGAGCGCUGCCUGGGCAUCAUCCAGCGCCUCAGCGCCAAGAUGCUGCGAAUCAACGCGGACCCGCACUACUUCACGCAACUCUUCCAGGACCUCAAGAGCGAGGGCGAGGGCGGAGACGGGUCCAAGCACUGGACGAUCAGCCUGGACCGUUAGGGAGGUAUUGGGCCUCCGGAGCCGGGGCGGAAAGGGCUGCGCACCGAGGGGCGGAGGAGGCGAAGGACUGCCGGUUCUCCCCCCUCCCGCAUCGUCCUCGCCUUCCCCCCCUCUCCGGCCGCCAGCUCUACGGAGACGCUGCCUGGACCCUCCCUGCUCCGGAUCCGGCCUCUCCGCGCCUCUCCCUUCCGACCCCAGCUGCGGGCUGCGCUCCGAGACACCGAGACAGCAAAGAAGACUGGGGGGGGUGUUGAGGGUGUGUGUGUGUGCCCCUCCCGCCUGCGCCAUGGUGAGGGAGGGAGGGAGGCUGCUGAGGAACGGAGGCUCCUGGAUGCAUUUCUCUAGAGAAAAAAAUGGAGCUGGGGGUCCGGGGCAGAGAGUAGGGGGGGGUUUCCCGGGUGCAUGCGAAGGGUCCCCCCGCCGCGGGUACAGCCGGGCCCCUCGCCGCCGGAGUCGGCCCCGGAGCUCUCCGUGGUGCUGGAGCCGCCGCGGCUCCGCAAACAAAGGCGGGGG